UUGAUUGUAUACACCUGUGUCCAUGGAGGGGAUUGGAACACCUGAAUCACAUGAUUGGGAGGGGACUGGAACACCUGAAUUACAUGAUUGGGAGGGGAUUGGAACACCUGAAUCACAUGAUUGGGAGGGGAUUGGAACACCUGAAUCACAUGAUUGGGAGGGGAUUGGAACACCUGAAUCACAUGAUUGGGAGGGGGGAUUGGAACACCUGAAUCACAUGAUUGGGAGGGGAUUGGAACACCUUAAUCACAGUAUUGGGAGGGGAUUGGAACACCUGAAUCACAUGAUAUGGAGGGGAUUGGAACACCUGAAUCACAUGAUUGGGAGGGGAUUGGAACACCUGAAUCACAGUAUUGGGAGGGGGGCAAUACUUUUGGCAAUAUAGUGUACAAAAUGUGAG